ACAUCAGUUUGCCAUGCGGAUUUGUGCAAGUCUCGUACAGGACUUUCCUACAUACGUGCUACCUUCCGCCUAACACUUCCUUGGCCUCUAACCUCCUCCCGUUCUCCAGCCACUCAACACGACCUGUAUCCCAUCAGCUCAGCCUCCUGUGCAAAGCACGCAAAAGGAUUAGUACAGCUUGCAGGAGUGAGUGACCAGUAUCUAACAGCGAUCAAGGCCAGAACAAGCCUGCAAGAUGCAAACCACAAAAUAGAUGUUGUUUCAUGUGUUGGUGAUGGUUGCUGCCUGCGAAAUACAUCUCCUUCAAGCUACCUCCAAGCAUAUUAAUGAGUGGGUUCCUAUGCCGAACAACAGCGCCUGCAUUCCCGUGGACACCUAUGCACCAUGGCCCUAUGUCAGACAAUCCCUCAAUGAGCUCUUCAGAAUGAACAUUAUGCCAUCCUACGGUGCACCACCAUUACCUGUACGCAUGUGUCUCCACAACCUCGCUCCUUGCAACGCCAACGACUACUGUGGCAUGAAGAAUGAGACUGAAAGGGAAGUUAACAUGUGCGUAAUCACCAACACGACACAUCCUAAAGUGAACCAGAAGCAGUUGGUUCUUAAGUACUUGGAGCAUAGCAGUUGUGAGUGCCUCAACUUUGAGAACUACAAUAAUAAGGUGGUAAAGGACUUUUAUACUACUCCCACCAUCACCAAUGCUGAAAUUCACGACGGUUGUGAGAUGCCUGAAGAAAACCACAGCUCAUCCGUCCAACAGGUUUACCUCUCAACAAUGUUGUUUACCUUUUUCCUUGGUGUACUAUGUACGUAAUCCCCUCAGAGAAUCCGUAGUUUGGAAAUUAGGAGGUGCGGGGUUACUAAAAAUAUUAUCCAGAGGGCUGAGGAGGGGUUAUUGAGGAGCUUCCGACAUUUAGAGAGGCUGGAACGAAAUAUAAUGACUUAGAGAAUGUAUAAAUCUGUAGUGGAAGGAAGGCGGGGUAUGGGUCGGCCUAGGCAACGUUGGAGGGAGGGGGUAAAGGAGAUUUUGUGUGCACAGGGUAAGACUUGUCCUGCUCUCAAAAUCAGCAUAUAAAAAAAUCACAAACGGCUCCAACACUACAUGGUAUGAUCGCCCAUAAGAAGAGGGCCACCAGCCAGCCUCUCGCCUCGCGCCAUUCUCCACCAAUCACAAGCCAGUCAACACCUCGCGCUGAUGAGAUGCACACAGCAGUGCUUCCAUGUCAUCGAUCAAGCUUGCCUGCGUAUCCUGACUCUCAAGCUCAUUCCUGCAAAACUCCUUCACGUUCAGCUCUGCUGCUGGGUCAAGCCCUGGCUCUUUCUCUAAGACUAAGGACACUCCUCUCAAGAUCUACUCUUCGUCUAUCCAGUCUUCCCCGCUCACCCCUUCUUGGGGUCUUACCUAGAAUCUAUAGAAUAGAAUAGUGUGCGAGGGGCUUGGACUUCCAUCAAGCAUGCAUGAGCGUGUUAGACAGGAGUAAGUGGAGACAACCGUUUUUUAUGACUUGAUGUGCUGUUGGAGUGUGAGCAAGGCAACAUUUAUGAAGGGAUUAAGGGAAACCGGCAGGCCUGACUUGAGUCUUGGAGAUGGGAAGUACAGUGCUUGCACUCUGAAGGAGUGUAGUCACGGCUCUUGAAAGACUGUCAGGGAGUGAAUGAUGAUGAAAGUGUUUCUUCUUUUUUGGGUCACCCUGCCUUAGUGGGAAACGGUCGAUGUGUUAAUAACAAGACUAAUAAUAAUAAUAAUAAUAAAUAAUAAU